UACGCACGUAAAUCGCCAACUGACGAAACAAAAGAAUCACGAAUACGUUUAUUACAGUUAAUGGUGAACAAACUAUACUUCCUCGGAAAGUGCGAAGAAGUCUUCAUGAGCCCAAUUUGCACAGCAGACCAACCAAUAUUAGGAAGAGACACCCCAGAGCAGGAUGAUUUACUGCUGCAUUUAAAAGGAUCCCAUGGCGAUAUCUCAGGU